ACCCACUGCCAGUUUCAUCAGAACACAGCAGUACAGAGAGUGCAGUUAAACUUACAAACUAAUCAGACUUAUGCCGAGUCUACUGGAAGAGCACACAUCACCAUGCGUACCCCAGCGGUCAUGAUUAUCGGGAUCGUUCUGGCCCCUUGCGGGUUGGUAUUAGAUCUCGUCUCUACUGUGGCCCCGGACUGGAGGGAAGUGAGGAACAUUCCGAAUGCAGCACAAGAUGCAGUGCUCCAACAGGGAAUCUGGGAUAUCUGUCAAGCGUUUGAUACUUCCUCUACUCUCAAAUGUGGCCAAACAGAUAACGACUACUUUAACCAACAAGUCGUUACCUCAGCCAAGGGUCUAAUGAUUGCCUCGUUAAUCGUAACCGUGGCAGGGAUUGUGGUAACGUCCCUAGGGAUCAGGUGCUGGGAAGACACACCAAAUCUGUUGAUGACUGGAUUGGGAGGUAUCUUGAUCUUCAUUUCAGGUAUCUUGUGUAUUAUUCCAAUUGCUUGGUACACCAGCCUCCUGAACACAAUCAAAGCGUCGGGCUCGAAUAUUCGUGUGGGGUACUGCAUCGUCCUGGGAUAUAUCGGCAGCUGUUUCAUGUUCAUCGGUGGCGGGGCCUUGAUUAUCUGUUUGUUCCAGUUGUGCUUUAAAAAAAAGGAGCAACUGACCAACAGCCACUCCAACAAAUACUACCACAAUAACCCAAGUUCAUCCAGGUCCAUUAUAAAGACAGUUGAUGGGCAUGAGUUUACCAGGCCCCAGCAACCUACAUCUUUGAGUAGACCUUUUGAGGUCGUCGAUUUUACUGUUCCUCCGGGAAAGCCUGCACCCAAAAAAGCAGUUAACAUCACCGACUUCACCACAAACGAACCGUGUGAUGCAGAUUUUUAACCUAACUUUCAUUUUCAUGUGGAAUAUUUUUUUUUCUGUGAAGGAACAUGUCUGGAGUGUUGGGAGAAAUGAUUGGAUGUAACACUGAACUGACAAAGGCCAUCGGGUCAACCAACUAAUGGACAGGCACACACUGGAGGAGAGUAUACUGUGUUUGUUCCUUUGUAGAAAAUCUUCCUAAUUGAUGUAAAGUGUACCUUAAUUUGUACAACAGGACUUUCUUUUAACUUUUAACUGUGAACUAGAUAAUAUAUAUAUAUAUAUAUAUAUAUAUAUAUAUAUAUAUAUAUAUAUAAAAUUAGUCAUCACUGGUUAUUAUAAACUAAAAGGAUUAUUUGACUUUUAAGAGUGUCUACAAUAUUAAGAUACAGUACAGGUGCGUAUAAUCUGAUAAGGAGAUAAUUUUAUUGUUUGUAUUUUGUUUGUAAUAUGACAUUCAAACCAAGGAUUUUAGCACUACCUGCAUUUACUGAAAAGGGGAUUUAUUAGUAGAACAGUGCACAUGUACACAGAUGAUUCUCCUAAUCCAGCACUACUGCCUCUUUCAUGUUUUGAACAUUCUACAGAAUAGAUAUUGACCACGUAUGAGUUAGAAAUGGCACUCAUUUACUUACAUUUGUUUUUUAGUCUUUAAAACACCAAUUAAUUUACAAUGGAAAUGAUAACAAAAAUAUCUUGUUUCGGAAUGAUUUGCUAGAACAUGCACAAACUAAAAUAAAUGAUAGAUUUUCAAAUUGCAAGUUGUUUACAGAACAAUGUGUGGUAUGGUUAACACGUAAUAUAAUUAUUUAACCCAAAAAAUUCAAGAGAGAACUCUGCUUGGGCAGACACAUGUGAAAGUUCUGUUUUACAGCGACUUGACUUCUUUCUUCGUUUCAUGGUUUAGCUGGGGUUUUUGAUGUCAGAACUUACAAAUACUUUUAUAUUUUUAACAUUUUUUUUAGAGAAAAUUAGCAUUUUGUUUGUCUCUGGUACUCCUUAGAUAAGUUCCUGUACUUGCAUUAUUCCUAAUUACAAUAAAUCAUACAUUGAGGUAAAACAAAAUGUUGCCAUUAUCUUAAUAAAAGCGUUAGCUCGGAA